ACAGUUUAGCUUAAUAGCGUGUGUUAUAGUCAAGUACUCUGCGAGUCUUACAAUUCGAAAUACAUAAACGUAUAAUAGAUACGAUUUAAAAUAAUAUCAAUUUUCACAUUUUAUAAUCAUACAAGAAAAUACAUAAACAAAAAUAAUUUCUCUGUUCUCUAUUUAGUGAAGGUAAUUAUUUUUCAGUAUUCAGUAUGAUGUAUUAAGUAGAUGUUUAAUUUUGUCCGAUGAACAAAUAAAAGCUGAAAAUGUCAAAUUCUGUAUGCAAUGAUGUAAAGCCAAACUAUUGGUGACUACUGAUGAGGAAUAUUGACUGGUUGUAUGUGAGCUAGCCCGGCUAAGUAAAUUGAAUUUACUUUCAUACACCACUAACUGCAAAAUGGUUGACAAAUUGGACAAAUACAUUGAUAGUUACUCCAAAGAAUGGUACCAGGCGUUCCUGCUGUUGCUGAUGGCCGGUACACCAGGCAUAUUUAAUGCUAUACAGAUUUCAUCGUAUGUGUUCCUAGUUGACAAGCCUUCGUACUGGUGUGAUAUACCAGUUUUGAAAGCGGCAGGGUGGAAUGACCUAAUGGUCUUAAAUGUUUCUACACCACGUCAAAAUUAUUCAUCAGACAAAAUUGAAGAAUGUACUUAUUACGACCGAAAUUAUUCAAUAUUUGCUGAAAAUGGAUACAAUUGGUCAAUGAGUAAUUUAGAAACAGCCACUUCUAAAUCUUGUCAGUAUUAUAGAUAUAGUAAUACAGAGUCUGUUAUACCUGAAUGGGAUUUAGUUUGUGAUAAUGUAGCGAAGAAGUCAAAUAUUCAAGCAGCUAUGGCUUUUGGAAAGUUUGUUGGUGGACUACUAUUUGGUUCAAUUUCUGAUAUUUAUGGCAGGAAGUUUGCUUUCAAUUUGGCAGCUUUAAUUUACAUGUUUUCGGGACCAUCUGCUGCCCUGGUUGAUUCAUAUGUAUUAUUUUUAAUUGCGAGAUUCUUGAUAGGUGUUGCUGGAUCUGGAAUUUAUGAAUCAUCGUAUACAAUACUGACUGAGCUGACAAGUGGUAAAACUCGUACAUUGCUUUGUCUAUUAAUGAAUAUGUCUUAUCCAAUUGGUUAUGUUUUGUUAUCAAUUAUUGCUUAUUAUGUACGGCCCUGGAGAAUGUUGCUUUUAGUUUUGUCUUUGCCCAUGUUUGGAUUGUUGAUACAAUGUUGGUUUCUACCAGAAUCUCCAAAAUGGUUGAUGUCUCAAGGUAGAAAAAGACAGGCUUGGGAAGUGAUGACUAAGCUUGUCCCUUCUGCUGUUCAUGCCGACAUAGAUAAUGAUAACCAGGAUAUGGUUGAAAUCAGAAAGUCAAAAAAGAGUCAAGGGAAAUGGCAGGAGUUUUUGUCUACUUUUACUACAUUGUUUUCUACUUGGGAUUUAUCUGCCAAGACAAGUAUUUCUUUUUCUUGUGGAUUUGUUUGUGGCUUAUCAUAUUACGUUAUUGCAUUAAAUGGCGAUAACAUUACUGCUGAUCGUUACAUAUAUGUUGCGUUGAAUGGCGUUGUUGAAGGCUUAGCAUACUUAUCAACUAUUCCAUUAUUACUUUAUAUUGGACGUAAAAUAGCAGUUUCUGGUUUAUUUUUUGCAUCCGGAAUUUUACAGCUUGCAUUAUUGACAAUACCACAAGAAAGUGCAAAUUUAUUAUUAUUUGUUGCUUUGCUUGGAAAAUUUUGUGUGAGUGCAGUAUUUUCAGUUAGUUUGCUUUAUAUAUCAGAAUUAUAUCCAACUACAAUAAGAAAUACUGGGCUUGGAACAUCAUUGACUAUUUCUCAAAUAGGAUCUGUUAUUGCACCAUACGUAGUUGAAUUAUUGGGAGCUAAAGCUUGGUACAUUCCAAGUACAGUAUGUGGAAUAUUAGGCAUUUUUGUUUCAACUUUGGUUCUUAUGUUGCCUGAAACCAAGGGAACAGUAUUACCAGAUACUCUAGAAGAUAUGAAACUUACUAGAUCUGUUAAAGUUACUAAUUGUUGUAAGUUUUAGUGCUAUUCACUAUUCUAUUACUUUUAAAAAUAAUACUUCUAACCAUAAACAUAAUAACUAAUUAUUUUGUCUAUACUUCUGACAAUAUUAUUGAUUGCAAAUUUUUAGACAGUAUAAUAUUGUAUAUCUUAUACUGUUGUUUUAUUGAGGAAUCAUUAUGGGUUGAAUAUUAAUGAAUUAUAGUUUUAAUAAAAAUAAAAAUUGAAUUAUUUCAAUGUGUUAAAAAAUAUUAAAAUACAAUUUUCAAAGAAAUUUUGCACAUGAUCUCAGUAUAGUUUAUUUUUACUAAACCAAACAAGAGAAAUUAUUCUAAUUAAGGUGUGGUGAUUUAUUUUUAUAUCUCUAAGAUCUUUUAUUUAUAUUAUUGUGAAAAUGUUUGAAUUUUUAAUGCACUAUUCCUACACUUUUAUUUAACAAUAUAACACUACAGUGAUCAAGUGUUUGAAGUUUUAUAUACACAAUUAAUUGUUAAAUUAUUAGAUAUUAUGAAUAUUUCAGUAAAAAUUCAUAAUAACUGCUACAUAUUAUUUAUGUAAUUUUACUCAUUGUUAUAUUUAUUAUAAAAUAAUUAUCUAACAACCAAUGUUUUAUAUGUUUAAUACUAUUAUGUUAUGUUUCUUAUUCAAUUAUUAUGUUUUAAGUUAUUUAUAUUUUAUCAACAAAAAUAGCAUAUUAUACAAGUAGACAAAUGUUUUAGUGUAUACUUUUGUCUGUUGGUUUAAAAUAAUUGUUUGUUUUAUUUUAUUUAAAUAAUACAUGUUGUUCAUUAAAAUUUGAACAUUUUUUUAACAAGUA